GCAGCAGCAACAGCGGGUGGGGGGGUGCCGGCGGCAUUCACCCUCGCCGAACCUUGCUCGAUACGCGGUUGGAGUUAUGCUGUUAGCAUCCGUUCCACAUGGAGUAUUCGGGCACGGAAGGAGACGGCUGCUGUCGGGGCGACAACGUUAUUCCACCAGGCAGUCGUCGACGUACCGAGCACCCCCCACCCUGCUUCUUCCGAAAACGCGCCGGCAGGUCGCACGGCACCCCGCAUGUUGCCGCGCCCCUACGCAACAGCGCAGCGUCGACUACGCAACUGCGACGAACGUCGGUGCGCCGCGCACUACGCUUUUGCUUUCCAGACGACCCGCACCAACGUCAGCCCUGGCGGUGCUCAUGGAGAACCUGCUGCUCUGGUUCAUUCUACUAAUCGUCAUAGCCGCGUGCGGCAUAUUCGGCCUCUGGCUACUCUGCAACGUGCGCUCGUACCUCGGCAACAACGGAAGCAGCAGCAGCAACCAAAUGACGCACCCACUGUUCGCCGACGAACAGCAGCAGCCGCAGUCACCGUGCAUGGAUCCUCGCCAGCAGCACCAUCACCACUGGCGUCCGGAAGAGCCGCCGCAGCCAUAUCCGCAGCCUAUGCCGCAGCCACAGCCGAAGCAACAGCCGCAGCCGCUGCCACCUCUGCACGAUCAGCAGCAGCAACAGCGUAACGGGUACCCGUUCCACCCGUACUACAUCGAGCCGCCGAUCGAUUACACGCCGCCUCCAACGGUGGAGCCACCGCGAAAGCACACCGUAUACACACAGACCUACCAGUCGUACGCCAAGAAGAAGACCGUCAAGAUAGAAGAUCAGAGGAGCUCAAGUUCUCCCAACUGAGUGCAUUAUUCUGAGUGAGCAGGCACUAGCAAGUUGUGAAGCGACUGAGAAAUAAAUUGAAACUGUCAAGACAGCACUAUGGCAGUGACAGUUCCACUUGAAAUACAAGGGGCUGCACAGGUGCAUGCAGUGCCACGAUUCAAAGUCGUCACGUCAGUGCAAUCCUUGACACGCUUAAACAGUACAUCCUUUUCGCCGAGUAUAAUGCUGCCCGGUGUUUCUUUCGCGGAGCUGUGACCUGUAGAUCACUUAGACAACAUCAUGACCACCUCCAGCAUGUCGAGGCCUGACGGGACUUUCCGAGUGUUUGAACAGUUGCACAGACGAGACUUCAUCACGGUGUUCGGUGUCGCAGUGAUUAGGACCUCGAACUAUUCACCUGCCCACAUCGGCCAACUUGGAAGGUCAUGCUAUGUCUCUUUCUUGUUUUUUUUUAAUCCCGAAUUAACGACCACGCUGACAAAUAGUUACACUAGCUAUAAUUCCACAAGUUAAGCGGCGCCAUCAAGUAUCUGUAAUGCACGCUCCAUCACAGCACAAUGGUAUACUUUUCCGACUGUGGUUUGGUGUCGCAUUUACGAAGUCGUUUGAUUUCCGCAUCGGAUGGGAGGAUAGCGCUGCGUGUUACCACUGCGGCGACGAGGAAACUAUUGAACACGUUCUUUGUCAUUGUCUCCGAUACAUCGCACACAGGCAGUCACUCGCGACCGCGCUGGCGAGUCUUGACGACCGGCCGCUUUCGGAGCAGUCAGUCCUGGAACGCCGACCUAUAGUCGUCACACUACAAGACAGUGAAGGCACUCUUGAAAUUUUUACGUUCGAGUGGUCAAUUGGAGAGACUGAUAUAGUUAUCAGGGACGUGCACAACCUUCCCUAUUCUUAUUUUUUUUUCUUUUCGUUUCUUUGCGUUUUAUCUCCGCUGUUCUUUCUGUAUUUCAUUUCCCCUUCCCAGUGCAGGGUAGCAAACCAGAAUGUUGUCUGGUUAACCUCCCUGCCUUUCCCAUCCCGUUAAUAUCUCUCUCUCUCUCUCUCUCUCCAUCACAGCAAGAAUGAUUAGAACGGAGAACGUUUCAGGAUGUGGCCCAACUAUCUAACCCACUCAAUAAAUUUUUCAUGUGAAAAGGCACAAGUUCUUGUUCCAUUAGUUAAAUUUCAGUUGCUGUCUUGGUGUGUCGUAAUGGCGGCAUUCGAAGAGAGAAUAGUGAAGGGUAUGCAUCAGAGCUGCGGAGUGGUAUCUACGGAGUUGAAAUUAUUCCGGAAUCAUUACACAUUUCCAAACUCCCAGAACGGAAUGGGAAUGGAUUGGUGUCACCAGUCGGACAGGUUGAAUGCAUGGGAGUGGAAUCGGAGCCCGAGAUUCCGUAAUGGAGUUGGAAUGGAAUGUGUGCGUAGUCCUGGAGGGCCAAAUGUUGAUUUUAAGCGAAGCCAUAAAACUGGUAAGUUUACCAAUUCGACUAAAGUAGACUUCGCCAAUUUAUUGCAUUUCUAAACUUUUGCUCCAUACUUUGAGCAUAAGUUGA